AUGCUGUACACAGAGCUCACACUGAAGGUGCUGAUGAUGAUGUGGAUUAUAAUAGUGCUUUUUUAUAAAAUUGCAGAUUCUGCACAGACAAAUGAUAUCAGUCAGCCGAACUCAAUGAUCACUGCUGAUGUUGGUGAUAACGUGACUCUACACUGCUUUAAACUGCUAGAACAUGACACCAGAGUAAUUGCUUGGUACAAGCAAAAAGUAGGACAGGAACCUCGUGUAAUGGUCACAGUUCAUCACCAACCCAAUUUUGAAGAUGAGUUCAAGUCACCAAGAUUCAGCAUCGAGAAAGAAGAAACGAGAUUCCAUUUAAAAAUAGCAAAUGUGGAAAAAUCAGACGAAGCCAUGUAUUACUGUGGACUGAGAGAUUUUUUAACAAUCUUUGGAAAUGGGACAUUUUUAUCAGUGAAAGGUGAUGGAGAUGUAAAAGUGUCAGUGAUCCAGAGCGGCGUGUUGGACUCGGUUCCUGCAGGAGCAUCAGUGACUCUGCAGUGCUCGGUUCUCUCUGAGAGCAGAGCAGCAGAACACCAAGUGCUCUGGUUCAGAGCUGCUUCACCACAAUCCCAUCCUCAAAUCAUUUACACUCAUCACAACAGCAGCCGUCAGUGUGAGAGCGGCUCUUCUACACACACCUGUGUGUACGACUUCUCCAAGAACAUCCUCAGCAUCAAUGAUACUGGAACUUACUACUGCGCUGUGGCCGUGUGUGGGAAGAUCAUUUUUGGGAACGGGACUCGAGUACAGUUGGAGAGAUCUGCCGUGGAUCCUGUAGUGAUCUGUCUCGCUGGAGCUUUGGGAGUGUGUGUGGUUGUGAUCUUUGCUUUGAUCUUUAUCAUAACCUGUAAAGGAAGAAACAGAGUGAGAUUAAAACACGGUUCUGUGACAGACAAGACCCUCAAUCAGGACUGUGACACUGUGGAGCUGAAUUACGCUGCCUUACAUUUCAGUGAGAGGAGAGCCAAAAGGGGAAGAGUAAAGAAACAACAACCUCAAGAUACUGUAUAUACUGAUCACCAACCUUUUAAAUUUGAUGCAAGCUGCAACAGGCAGCCAGUGAAGGGCAGCGAGAAGAGCGGUGGCAUGGGAAGGACAAUGGAGGUUGCAAACCAGGUGGGCUGCAGGAUUCUGUAUGAGCUGCAGGGGUCUGAUGGCAGAUGCUGGGAGGCCACCGAGGAGGGAGUUGCAAUGGACAGUGAGGUAUUGUUGAGGCUCAUUGUUGUUAUCAUUCAUGCCAAGCUGUGCUGCCAUGUAACUUCACCAGCAGCAGAGGAGAAGUCACUGGAAUACUUCUCCCUCACAGCAAGUGUCAUUGAAGAAUAA